UUGAUCGCCGACGCACGGGAGGAGAGAUGGCACCACAAGGCUUCGUGGAGAGUUAAUGGCCGCUCCUCCUACCUUGUCAAGGUUUUUUGAAAUCAUCGAUUCCUUUGAGAUCCAUUUUGGUUCCUAUGUGUUCCUCUCUGUUUCCUCAAUGAUCCUAUGUCUCCGUCUCUGUCUCAGAGCUUCGAGAUCUUUCUUCUCUAUUUCCACUACUACCAACAACUGCAAUAACCUCUCACGCUUCCUCUUUCGCUUCACUACUCUUCCUCAUUGCGCCGCUGCGUCUUCUUCCUCCUCCAAUCUCGAGUCUUAUUACGCUAAUCUCAUUUUGACCUCACACGGAGGAAACAAACCUAAUCAGAAUCAGAAGUGGACCUCUCAUCAGUUUCGUAUCCUUCUCACUGAUCCAGAUUUGCUUGUUAGAGUACUCAAUAUGAUUAGGGCAAAGCCCGAGAUCGCGUUUCGUUUUUUCAAUUGGAUACAGAGGCAGAGCGAUGUGAAGCAGUCACGUCAAGCUUUCGCAGCGAUGCUUGAGAUUUUAGCUGAGAAUGAUUGGAUGAGUGAAGCCUACUUGGUCGCUGAGAGAAGUAUCGAUCUCGGUAUGCACGAAAUUGACGAUCUUUUGAUUGAUGGCAACUUUGAUAAGCUUAUUGCUAUCAAGCUUUUGGAUCUGUUGUUGUGGGUUUACACUAGGAAGUAUAUGGCGGACAAGUGUUUGAUUAGUUUUGAGAAGAUGAUUAGGAAAGGGUUCUUACCUAGUGUUAGGAAUUGUAACAGUGUUUUGAAAGUUCUUAGGGAUUCGAGGUUGAUGAUGAGUAAGCCACGAGAGGUUUACGGGAUGAUGGUUGAGAAUGGUAUCUUGCCAACGGUUAUCACGUUUAAUACUAUGUUGGAUUCUUGUUUCAAGGCUGGUCAUUUGGAGCAAGUCGACAAGAUUUGGUUAGAGAUGAAGAGAAGGAAUGUUGAAUUUAGUGAGGUGACUUACAAUAUACUGAUCAAUGGGUUUUCCAAGAAUGGUAAGAUGGAGGAAGCUAGACGGUUUCAUGGAGAUAUGCAAAGAUCUGGCUUCCCUGUUACGUCGUAUUCUUUUAAUCCUUUGAUUGAAGGGUACUGCAAACAAGGUUUGUUAGAUGAAGCUUGGGGAGUUACGGACGAAAUGGUUAAUGUUGGUAUUUAUCCAACCACAGCCACAUAUAAUAUUUAUAUACGAGCUCUCUGCGAGUAUGGAAAGAUCGAUGAUGCCAGACAGGUGUUAUCUAGUAUGGCAGCUCCUGAUGUUGUGUCUUAUAACACUUUGAUGCAUGGGUACAUCAAGAUGGGGAAGAUGGUAGAGGCAUCUCUCUUGUUUGAUGACUUGAGAGUUGGAGAUAUCAGUCCCAGUGUUGUCACCUACAAUACUCUAAUAGAUGGUCUUUGUGAGUCAGGGAACUUGGAAGGUGCUCUCCGGUUAAAAGAAGAGAUGACGAACCAACUGAUAUUUCCUGAUGUGAUUACGUACACGACUCUUGUAAAAGGAUUUGUUAAGAAUGGGAAUCUUUCAAUGGCAACCGAGAUUUAUGAUGAGAUGCUGAGGAAAGGAAUUAAACCUGAUAGAUAUGCAUACACUACAAGGACUGUGGGUGAAAUGCGGCUUGGAGAUUCAGACAAAGCGUUUCGUCUGCACGAAGAGAUGGUUGCAAAGGAUCAUCAUGCUCCAGAUCUGAUCAUCUAUAACGUUCGUAUAGACGGACUCUGCAAGGUUGGGAAUCUGGAAAAAGCGAUUGAGUUUCAGCGUAAGAUUUUUAGAGUUGGUCUUGUCCCAGAUCAUGUUACUUACACCACGGUUAUUCGCGCUUAUUUGGAGAAGGGCCGGUUUAAGAUGGCUAGUGAUUUGUAUGAUGAAAUGCUGAGUAAAUGGUUAUCUCCCAGUGUGAUUACCUACUUUGUGUUGAUUCAUGGUCAUGCGAAAGCAGGAAGGCUAGAACAAGCCUUACAGUAUUCCACCAAGAUGAAAAAGAGAGGUGUCCGUCCAAAUGUCAUGACAUACAAUGCUCUUAUACAUGGCUAUUGCAGAGCUGGUGAUAUAGAUGAAGCUUACAGACUCUUGUGCAAGAUGGAAGAAGAGGGGUUUUCACCGAACAAAUAUAGCUACACUAUGCUUAUAAGCAAAAACUGUGAGCUCGAGAAAUGGGAAGAGGUUGUCAAUUUGUAUAAAGAGAUGCUAGAUAAAGAGAUUGAGCCAGAUGCUUACACACAUAAUGCCUUGUUCAAGCAUUUGAAUAAAGACCACGCGUCACGAGAGGUCGAGUUACUUGAAAAGUUAUUACUCAGUUGACAAGGAAGCAAAGGUGGGUGUCUUUGAUCAUAUAUUUUUCUUGGAGCUGGCCGGUUUGUCCCUUGAGUGUGCAUAUUGAUCAAUAUUUACAAUUACUGUACACAGCCUAGUUGAUCGCUCAGCUUGAUUGCUAUACGUCUGCAGGGGAAACAUACUCUGAGCUCUGGCCAGAAUCAUCGAUCCAAUGUUGUUGAAAGCUCAUUGCUUUUUAAAAGCUUUAACACUUAUUCUUACACAGCAAAGGCAAAGAGAAUAGGGAAUAAAGAGAAGUGACACAUAAAUGGUGUUUUGCAAAGGAAGUGAAGUUCACAGUCAGUGAAAGAAGAUUUCCUGUGAUGUAUUGUUUAAUUCUUUGGACCAAUUUUUGGGAAUAGAGAAAGAAAAUGUCAAAAGAAAAAAACAUAAUAUUUCAUAUUUGGGAAGAACAACCAAAAGUACAAAGCUCUGUUUCUCUCUACACUCUUAGCAUGUUUUAGGUAAAAAAUAAAAACACUAGAAUCACUUCUC